CAUUUAUUGUACAGAGCUGUCGCCUCCAUGAUUUCCACCUUGUUCUUCCCAAUUAUUCCAUGGAUUUUACAACUUUUCGUUUUCGCUUGGUUUGUGGCUGUUGCAUUGUAUCCUUUGUUACAUUCUGCAAAGAUUGACGGUUUGACUCUUCUAGUAACACUAGAUCCUUACGUGACCUCUGGGGAGAACAGUUAAGAACUAUUCACUAUAAAUAAAGUUGGUUUAGUUUAGGUUUCCUCGUGUAGUAACACUGGAUCAAUAUGGGAUGAUCCUUACUGGACCUCUAUAGGGAGAACAGUUUAUAACUGAUAGAGCUAUCCAGAGAACAGUUUGGAACUGACAGAAUUGUCCAGUAUAUAAAUAACUGGUUAAGUGGAAUUGUACAAUACCUCUCCCCUUGACGAGCAAACUCGUCUGCCGUUAGACAAAGUAAAAUAAUAAAGUGGGGCGCAUUAGGGCGCAUUGCAGUUUAAUGGGUUAUACCCCUUAACUCAAAGCAAACCAGAUUUUUGGUCAGUAACGGAACUGCAAAGUAUCACACGCUGGACGGGAACAGCACGAUGGGGAACUCUACUGAAUGUGAUCCUAAGGUUUGUGUACACACGUAACAACGCAGCAAGUUGUAUCAAACCCGCAGCAGACUUGUAGCAAUGCUGUUCCAACAACUUGUCAACAGGAUGUAUUCGCACUGCUUGUUGACAACUUGCUGCAAGGUUAUCGUCCUGCAAUUCAACAAUUUGUCAACAAGUUGUGAGUGACGAGUACAUACGUGACAACCUUGUGGCAACUUGAUAAAAUAACAGUAUUGUUACAAGUUGUUGACAAGCUUGCUACAAGCCUGUUGUGAACACAUCUUGUUGACAAGUUGUGAGUGACAACCUUGUAGCAACUUGAUAAAAUAACAGCAAAGCUUGCUACAAGCCUGUUGCGAACACAUCUUGUUGACAAAUUGUGAGAUUUUUUCGCGCGUAUUCUGUGAAAGAAAAUCACGUAGUGCGUUAUAAAGCUUAAAAUACAAGUUCCCAAUAACAAUGUUUCUAUUUUAUUUUUCAUUUCAUUCAGACCUUUAAUGACACCAAGCUGGAUUGUGUUUUAGCUGGCUAUGAAACAAACAAGUAUGUAUACAGUGUAUACCUUCGACAGUCCACUAACCGCAAACUUCAAAAUGCAUUUGAAGAAGAAGUUUUCGAUAGCUAAGUAACUGAUUCAUGCUUCAAUUUUAAUGCACAAUAAUGAACUUGGAAGAGCUAACAGUUGAGCUCAAAAUACGAUUUGAAGAUUUCCGUUUGCGGUCUCGUUUAACCGUUGUUUUGAAACGUGACGACACACUUACAAACCAAAUAAACCAAAGCAGACAUUGUGCAAAGAUUAAGAAAUACUGUACAUACAACGACGAAAAAGCUUAACAGAUAACUUGCGUUUUGGUUACCAUUCGGCUCUCUUCCACUCAUCACAAACCCAACUCGCAAGCUGCGAGUGCUAGUAUCUAAUUAAAAUAAAUUGUCGAGCAGUAUGAUUGCAUGAACGUACUUGCAGUAAGCUUGCAAUGAGUGGAAAGAGUCUUAUAUUAUCAGAACAGUGGUAACUAAGCAUUUGUUUGCAGAAAUCUGAAUCGUAUGGCUGUCUAUCAUUUCUUCGGUUGGCUUUGGAUGAUGAAUUUUGUGAUUGCUCUUGGCGAGUGCGUAUUGGCUGGUGCUUUUGCUUCCUGGUAUUUUGCUUUCCACAAACCUGACGUAAGUAUUUCAUACCUACUGUCCAUAUACUGUCGUACGAGAAAUAAAAUGUGGUGUAUUAUAUAGCGGUACAGUGGCUGGUGCAUGUGUCUUUCGACUCCGUGAACAUAGUUCGAGAUUCUUGCUAUAUGCGGUUGUCUGAUUAUGACACAGUUCUCUUCUGUGAGAUAGUCUGCGAAAACCGCUUUCCGAUUGUGAAGAGUGCUUCUAGUUUCACUAUACCAGCUUUUCAGCGAGUACUCCGAUUGCUGGUUUCCCUUGCAACCGCUUUUUUUUUGACGAAUGACACAGAAAUUUGCUGCGAGGGAGACUAUCUUCUAGCUAUGAACACUAGACGAGCACGCCCUUAGAACGCUACGAUUCCGAUAAAUAAUAUCCAAGUUUUUACAUUGGAAAUUUUUCAUUUUCCAGGAUGUUCCAGCUUUGCCUGUUUUGUCCGCAUUAGGGAGAACAUUAAGGUGAGAAUUCACUAUACUGUGAAGUCAAAUCAGAGUAACUGUGUUUCGAAGAUGAGCCAUGAAUCAUAUUUGGGACUGUUCUCUAGGUACCAUACAGGAUCUCUGGCUUUUGGUGCGGCCAUCAUUGCUGUUGUUCAGUUCGUCCGAGCCAUCUUGGAGUAUGUUGACCAUAAAUUGAAAGGUAAUAUUCGCUGAAAAAAUACCAUGUCGUGAUCUUGUCGUACAAACUCAAUUCCCUGAUUGGACAAAUUUAGCUGGUGUGAUAUUAUUCGAGGAAUACCAAAUGUUUUACCUUUUUAUUUUAUAGAGUCAAACCAGGAUAAUGGAUUUGUUAAAUUUGUUAUGAAGUAAGUAUAUUUUUAUUCAGGAUAAGUUAAGGUGGUAGUUCAGUAUACCUACACUGAACCACCACGUUUGAGAUAUAUCUUUUUAGGUAGUUCAGACACAAACCACGGCAGCUUAUUGUUGAAUAUUACCUACACUAGACCACCACGUUUGAGAUAUGAUUUGUCUGCAUGCUACAAUCGUAUUUUUUGUCUUAGAUGUAUGAAGUGCUGUAUGUGGUGUUUGGAAAAAUGUUUGAGAUUCUUGAACAAAAAUGCGUACAUCGGCAUUGCAAUCUAUGGUAAAAAUUUCUGCAAAGCUGCAAAGGACGCCUUCUUCCUGCUCUUACGAAACGCUUUAAGGUACAUUUUAUUUACAUUUUCAAUUAACCCCAUGUUUAUCCAUGUUGCUAUCCAAUUCAAAUUCACAUUUUGAGAUAAGUCACAUGCCUAGUUUUCUCUUUCUGUAGAGUUGCAGCGGUGAAUGGCGUCACUGCGUUCCUUCUCUUCAUUGGAAAACUUUUCGUUGUUGGGAUCAUAGGUAAGGAGGUUCUUCUAGGGAUCCUGAGGAACAUUUGUGUAUUGGAGCAAACAAUAGCGAGCUGAAGCAAGCGACGUUUUUUCAACACGGACGUCAGAUUGCCGGGGGGGGGAGGGGGGACUGGAUUAAAAACUCUGUUUGUAUCAGUUUGUGGUAAUCUUCAACACAUAGGACAAGAUUUACUCCUUCCUUUUAGAUUAAUAAAAUAUUUCUUUACUUGUUAGGUGUUGGUAGUUUCUUUUGGUUUGACAGAUUCGUCAAUGAAGUUGAAGAUGUUCAGUUAUCUUACUCAGUCGUACCCAUUGUGGUAGGUUUACGACCUUCUACGACUUCCUACGGCAGCUUACGACAAACGACAGUUUGCACUUCUGUUCGAUCAAGAUAUCAUAUGACCUUUGGCUCUAGGACGUUCGUCUCAACAAUGUGUCCAAAGUCUUGCAGUUAAUGCAUGUUUUAAACUUUUUUUUAGAUUUGUAUCAUUGGUGCUUGGGUCGUUGCUGCAAUUUUCUUCGAUGUUUACGAUAUGGCCAUUGACACCAUCUUCUUCUGCUUCCGUAAGUCAAAUGCAGAUGUGAUAAACCGCAUAACUGAUUGAGUUAUUAAACGAACUUUAUUUAUACUGGAUACCUUGAUGAGUACGAAACUGUUCUACAGAGAUGUCAGUAAGAGUCAUCCUUUAUUGCUCAAGUGCAGCCUCUAGCUCGUGUCGACUCGUGUUGCUACAUGUGAAACCUAAAUUUUCACCGGAUAGCUCUAUCAGUCGACUGUACUAAUCACUCUUCUCACAUGAGAUGGAGGUGAAAUUAUAAUCAGACAACAGAAUAUAUUGCAAGAAUUGGACUCUGGGCACAAGGGUGAAAGUGUCCAACAACCCAAACACGAGUACGUAGUUUUUAAUUUAGACUGGAGUAAAUCCAUUGACCAAGUAAAAUCCGAGUCAAUUCCGAACCCAAGUCAAACGUCCGAGUCACGUAAAAAAAAAAGAAAUUGAAUAAAAUUCACAAUCGAACAGGGUUAGGAGUAGGGUUAGUUGUAGGGUUAGGAGUAGGGUUAGGAGUAGGGUUAGGAGUAGGGUUAGGAGUAGGGUUAGGAGUAGGGUUAGGAGUAGGGUUAGGAGUAGGGUUAGGAGUAGGGUUAGGAGUAGGGUUAGGAGUAGGGUUAGGAGUAGGGUUAGAAGCAGGGUCUUAGCUAGGAUCUUAGAUCUUGGGCGUGUUUCUAAUGACCAUGGGCGUGCACAUGUCAAUUACCUUGAAUAGCAAAAUCACGGUUAUAGUUAUGCUCGUCAACAACAUGUUGUUGUAUGUUUUGCAACCAGUUAUUUCAGCAACUCCUGGGGUAUUUAAAACCAUUUUAACACCAUACAGUUCCCAUUAUCCAUCAAAACAUUAAACUCAUCACAGAUCACUUUUUCCAAUUUCAACAACAACAGUAGAUUUUAUAAACUUUCUUACGACGUAAAUAGGAAGAAAUUCUGUCUGUUGUAAGUAGCAAGACCUUAUUUUAUGAACCUACACGGCCUUAUAUAAAUAAGGAAGCCGCGUUCAUUUUAUCUAGCCGUGUUUUUCCACUUUUGGCCGCGAUAACACGGCCAACACGGCCCUCUAGCUAAGACCCUGGUUAGGAGUAGGGUUAGGAGUAAGGUUAGGAGUAGGAGUAGGGUUAGGAGUAGGGUUAGGAGUAGGGUUAGGGUACUAAGUCAUUGAACUACAAAAACCGCUAAGUAGUGACUCGGAUAUUUGACUCUGCCUCGGAUUUGAUUCGGUUAACCGACAAACUCAUUCAGAUUGACUUGCUUUUUAUUGUCAACGUCCGCUUUAAACACCUCAUCAUAUCUCUGUUCUUUUUCUUUGCAGUUGAAGACAGCGAGAGAAACGACGGCAGUGCCGAGAAACCUUACUACAUGAGUGAAAAUCUCCGAGAUAUUCUCGGAAAAUAGUCGCGUUUACUUCAAGUAUAACACGCUAAAACUCUUUGCAUAUGCGAUUUUUUUAUAUUUCGUGGCAUGUAAUGAAUAGACGUUUAUAUUCGUAUACUUUUUCUAAGGUCUUAAUGUGGGUCUUUGGAUGUGAAUUGUUAGAAAGAUAUUUUGUAAGAUGUUAGUUCCAAAAUUGCUCUUUGACCGUUUGUCAGAUAUUUUUCAAUUAGUCGAAAAUACAGGCAAAUAACCCACUAUAAUGAAUAGAACACACUAUGUCAUAUCAUAUACAUACAAGUAAUUAGUUCAGUUCCUACUUUGUAGCAGAAUAUAUAAAAUGUGCGUGAUGUCUGUGUAACAGAAAUUGAUCAUAUUCAGAAUCCACUUUUUGCAAAGUUAUGUGUGAGCGUGUUGAUAUUAAGAGCCCGUAUUAACGGUC